UCGUGGAGAUGUAUAGCGAACGUAAUUAACGUUCUAAUGUGCACUUACUUCCACCAAAAUAGAUUUCACACGGAUACAAACUAACUAGAAAAUGACAAAUUUUCUAAGCUAUCUGAUACUUCUGAUCAUACUCGGCCUAUUUACAAGGCGCAAAGUGUAUGCCGACGAUACAGAAGUGUUUAUCCAAACUGCAUGCGAAAACAGGCAAGUGAGGCUUACAUGUUACGGAGAAAGCAUCCUCUACAUACAUAGUGCUUUGUAUGGCCGUGAUACUUUAGAAACCUGUAAAAGUGGACAUGGCCGUUCAACAUCAUGUAGCGCUGAAGGUGCGCUACAAAUAGUAAGGGAUACUUGCCAAAAUCAACGUUCAUGUGUUGUAGAAGCAAAAAAUUAUGUAUUUGGAGAUCCGUGUUAUGGAGUGUUAAAAUAUCUUCAAGUUUCGUAUACGUGUGAAAUUAAAGCAUGGCAUAUGGUUUUCAAAGGCGUAUCUGGAGCGGGAGAACCAGAUCUGUAUGAUUUGUGGCGAGAUGACGGCUCGUUAAACGCUUUGAACGACUCAGCACGUACCCUAAAUGACAGUCUUAAAGCACAUUUCAAAAGUCCGAUGGUUGACAGGUGGUCGGAGUAUGAAAUACAACGGGUUAAAAUUGCCUUUUACAAAGAUAGCGUUCAAGAGGCCUACAUAAUAUUUGAUGGUAGUCAUACAGAAAAAAUGGACUGGUUUGCUUUAGAGAACGUAAUAAGUAGCUCAUACGAUGACUUAAACGAUCAGGCAGCAAAUAAUUUCUCAAUUAAAGGGUAAACAAUUAAUACAACUACUUUACCUUCCAACCGCAUUAGCACCACUACUUCCGACCCACCACUAUUUGGAAGUGUCGCUACAUGCAUUGUGCGCCGCUGCAUUUGGUGCUUUCGUAAACCCGCCGUGCCCUGCCAACCCUGAACCGCCGUUCGCGAUUAUUUUGUUUCCUAUAAAGUACGAGAAUUGCCAAUAAAGAAGAAUUAAGCAGC